GACGGUGCCAUGCCACAGGGCAUGCCGAGAAUGGGGGCAGCCCGGGCCACUCUCCUCAGCCUCCUUCUAUUCGUAGGGGAGGCCAUCGCAAAGACUGGUCUUUGCGAUGUAGAAACCGGCCAGUCCAACAUCAUCCUGGACAUUGAGGAGAGCCGGGAAGGGCAGAUGAACCAGGAGACGAUACCACCAGAACUUCCUAUUCUGGGGGAUCCUUUCACAGACAUUGCAUUGGAUUUAAACUUUCCGAAAGGCAAUCCAAUAUUCAUCCUGAAUGGGAAGAAACUACAAUUACUUGCCCCACUAGACAGGGAUCAAGAUAAUCUAUCUCACAUAGUCUUCCAGGUCACCUGCACCGUAAAAGCAACCAACAGAAAAAAAACUCUUCCCGUGAUUGUCAGGGUGUCUGACAUUAAUGACAAUGCUCCUCAAUUCAUCAACACACCUUACGAAGUGACUGUGUCUGAGUUGACACCGGUGGGCACGACGAUCUUCCAGGGGCUGCGUGCGGUGGACGCGGACGCGGGUGUGAACGGACUGGUUGAGUACCGCGUGGCUCCGGGCGACGGCGUCGGCCUAGGCGUCGGUUCGGACCGCGUCAAUGUGGCGGACGGCGCCGGAUUCUUCUCCAUUAAUCUGCCACACCAGGGUCAGGUCACCGUCAACCGCAGCCUCGACUACGAACGCACUCAGCGCUAUCUGCUCACCAUCGUCGCAACUGAUCGAGCCCGGAAUCCAGCUGAAAAAUUCUCAACGACUACAACUCUCACCAUCAAUAUCAAAGACGAUGAUGACCAAGAUCCUUCGUUCAUCUAUCAAGGCUGUAUGCUCCUUGAUGGCUCCUGUAGCAAUCCUGAAUACUUUGCUACCGUUUCUAGUGGUGUCCUCUCGGGUAUCUUGGCGAUUUCCCCCGAGAAGAUCCAAGCCGUUGACAUGGACUCGAUCAACGCUCCGAUCUCAUACAGUUUCCAGUCUGGCUCUCCAUCUUCAUUCCGAGACUUCUUCGAAAUAAAUCCCACCACUGGAGCAGUCAGACAAACCAAAGCUGUUGACACUACGGUUGCGAAGAAAUUUGAAAUCAUUGUGAAGGCUGAAGAGGUGACAGAAGCAAAACGUUCAACGACAGCGAAAUUGUUCAUCACUGUGAAGCCGGUUGAUAGCAAUCCGCCUCAAUUGACUGCAUCGGCUGGAGAGGGAUUUGUGGACGAGAAUGCUCCUAUCGGAACCAAAGUCAUAGAUGCUGAUGGAAAUCCUAUCAAGUUAUCCGUCUCUGAUGCGGAUUUGGGCCCCGAUGAUCCGAAACCUGCAUACACAUUUGAGUUGACAACUAGUUUCUUCCAAAUCAAUAAGGAUGGCCAACUAAUAGUUGCUGAAGAGAAUUUGGACAGAGAUCCACCAAGUCCUGGCAAAUUUCGUUUCCAGAUUGUGGCACGAGAAAAGAGUGGCACCGCAGCUAGUGCACCUCUCACUCUGACAGUGGUGCUGAACGACGUGAACGACAAUGCUCCGAGGCUGCCGAUGAUCGCGCCGCUCACAGUGCAGGCGGGCGAAACGCGGCGGGAGAUCGUGCAAGUGGUCGCCACCGACAACGACCUGGGAGAAAAUGCCGAGAUCACCUAUAGCAUCUAUCACAUCUCCAACAAUGGCCGAACCAAGUUCAGGAUUGAUCCCAAGACUGGAGUCAUUGAUACCAUUGGCAAACUCAAUGCUGGGGAAACCUACAGUAUUACUGUGCAGGCAACCGAUAAUGGAGGGAAGUACAGCCAGACUAUAGUGGAAAUAGCUGUCGUUCCCGGCCCCAACACGAGGAGCCCUGUUUUCCAGCAGAAUGUCUACGAAGUUACCGUUAGUGAAGGAGCUGCUAUCAACUCCACUGUAGCAACAAUACAGGCCACUGAUCCUGAAAACGAUCCUGUUUCAUACUCGAUCAUAUCUGGCAAUGAUCUCCGUCAAUUCUCGAUUGAUGACAAGACAGGAGUCAUAAGUGUUAUAAGGAAACUGGACCGUGAAGAUCUCACUAGAUACCAGCUGCUCAUUAAAGCAGAGGAUGAAGGAGGUUUGUCAAGCACAGCCACAGUGAACAUCAGAGUGAGUGAUAUCAACGACAAAAAUCCGGAGUUUGUGAACACACCUUAUGAGUUUGUGGUGCGCGAAGGUGCGGCUAAUAUCCCAGUCGGUCGAGUCAAAGCCAUUGAUGCUGAUGAGGGUAUCAAUGCCGAAGUGUCAUACUCUCUGCCCACCGACAUGCCCUUCAACAUUGAUCCACAUUCUGGAGAAAUAAAUACAAAAGUUGCUCUGGAUUAUGAGAGUCAAAAAGAGUACAGGUUCGUUGUGACAGCUAAGGAUGGAGCCCCGGACCCUCGCAUCGCCACAGCCACAGUCACAGUUCAAGUCACUGACAUCGAAGACGAAGUCCCAAUAUUCCAUAUGCCCACCUAUGAAGCAAGUGUACCUGAAAACGUACCUGAUUAUGUAGUUACCCAAGUCAAGGCUGAUGAUCCAGACACCGUGAAACAAGUGACUUACAUCAUUAAACAAGGACCAACCGACCUCUUCUCCAUAGAUGCGAAGACUGGUGUAAUAAGAACUGUCAGAGGCUUGGAUUUCGAAAGAGAGAGUCAACACAUCUUGAUUGUUGGAACUUUGGAAAAUGAUGGUGAUAAGCCAGGAUCAACUACCAAAGUGAUCAUAUCUGUUGAGGAUCGGAAUGACAUUCCUCCAACAUUCCUGUCUAUACCCAGACCGAUCACACUGGAUGAUGAUGUAGCCAUUGGCACCAAAGUUACCAGUCUUAUAGCAACUGAUUCCGAUGGCACCUCUCCUGGAAAUAAGGUGAGGUAUGAGAUUGUUGGUAGAGGGAAAUCUCCUAGAUAUUUCCAAAUCGAUCCUGAUCUCGGAGUUCUUCAAGUAAGAGACGAUCUCAGAAAGGAAAUUGACAGUGAAUACCAGGUUGAUGUGAAAGCGUACGAUUUGGGAGAGCCUCAACUGUCUCAGUUGACGUCGGUGACAGUGUUCGUGAGGCAUGUGGCGACUGUCGCCCCAGAGGUCGGCUUGGGAUUCGCUGAUGACUCCUACACUGUUCAAGUCAAGGAGAAUGCGCCUCCCAACUCAUUGAUCAAAACAUUCACCGUCAUAAAUAGCAGAUCUCACCAUCAAUCUCUACCGCUUCAUUGUUCAAUUGCCAGUGGAAACGAAGCAGGUUUAUUCUAUGCGAAUAUAACUGAGCAAAGAAAUUGUGAAUUGAGGCUUGGAGAGAAGAAACUUGAUCAUGAAACCACAUCUGAAUUUAAUUUGAAAUUGAGACUGGAAACAUUAGCUAAUCUUAUCAAUCCUGCACGGAGCUCAACUAAUGUGAAGGUGCAAGUGGAAGAUGUUAAUGACAAUUCUCCACAAUUUGUCUACCCAGAAUCGAGUCGUCGUUACCACAAGCAGAAGUAUUUUGGUGCCGUUGCAAAGGAUAAGAAAGAUGUGGGAGUUACAGUUCUUCAUGUGAAGGCUGAAGACAAGGACAGUGGUAAAUUGGGAGCAGUUGAAUACAAAAUAGUGCCAGAUGAAUCUGGGUCGGCAGAGUACUUUACUAUUGAUGCGAAUUCUGGAGCAAUAAGGACAAAGAAGACUUUCGACAGUGUAACUGGUGAUGAGUUACCUUUCAGAAUAACAGUUGAAGCAAGAGAUAAUCCUCAAGGCGAGUCCAACUCGGAAAAAACUGAAGUUGUGGUCAAUGUCAUAGAGGAUCGACAUCGACUCAUUAUGGUUGUUUACGAUAAAACGGCGGAUAAAGUGGAGAAGCAGGAGAACUCGAUAGUGGGCAUUCUGGAGGACAAGACCAGCUUGAUAGUCGGCAUUGAGAAGCGGUCACCGCGCCAAUUCACCAAAGACAACAUGACCAUCGAAGUGGAUGACAGCGCCACCGACCUCUGGUUCUACACCAUCGAUCCCCAAACAGAAACCAUCCUUGAUCGCAACAGUACUCGUGUUAUUCGGUCAGUUCUCAGUUCAGAAGCGCAAGCGAACAUAACAUUAGAUGCAUCAAAUAGUCUCCAAGCCACAGUCUCCUCCAUUCAUGGACCCAUAAAGGCAGUGACACCGAUCAAAACUGCUAUUGUAGCCGUGCAAUUGGAAAUAUUCCCUUAUGCAUUGAUUGUCAUAGCAGCACUCAUACUUGUCCUUGGAACGGCAGGAAUCAUCUACAUAUGUGUAUCAUGGUCAAGAUACAAAGCUUAUAAGGACAGAAUGCAGAGGAUGUAUGUAAUGCCUAGAUACGAUCCUGUGUUUGUAGAGCCAAACCUGAAAGAGUAUGAAACACAGGUUCUACAGAUGAGUGUACCAGUUGAUGACAAUGAUAGCUUCAAUGAUUUGCAACUGGAUUUUAGUCGUAAAAACCAUGCAUUUAGUCUUGACAACGUUAGUUAUAUCACCAAAGAGCAUGGAGAUAAUAGUAUAGGACAACAGAGUCCAGUAAGCUCAGAUGCAGCAACCACGGCCAGAGCAUCUAGCAUUGCUGGCCACCAUAACAAUAACAACAUUCAUAACGAAUCACUGGGCAAUAUCAACCCAGUAUAUGACAGAUCAGAAGAUGAAAGGAUAGCUAGGAACGCUAGUGCCACUAAUGAGAAUGUCACAUUUAGAGAGAAGAAGGAUUAUUCCCACCUUGGAUUCAAUUACAUGAUAGAUAGAUCGCCUAUAGAAACAACAACCGAACUAUAGUAAUUAGUAUUUUUUAGAAACGGAAAAUAUAUCAGUGACAUUACCGUGAUUAAUGACUUGAAAACAUCAAUUGAAAGUGAUGACAAACUUUCAGAUUAGUGUAUAUUUCUAUGAAAAUUUAAGACUUUGUGAAAGAAAGUAUGAAAGUCGAAAGCCAGUGUAUGCAUUUUCUUCUGGCUCUGGUCAUGGACAAGAAAUUCUUUCUCUUAUCUGUGUUUGGGCUCACUCAUAGGCACAUAUCAGAUUCACCUGUUGGCUGUCUGAGUAUAAAUAUCUAAUUAUUGUAUUCUUGAAAUACUCGUGAUGUGUAUUCAAUUUGAUAUUGGCAAAACUUCACUGAUUUAAAACAGAAAGUUUAAAAAGUUAGGGCAUUAAUUUUGAGAAAAGAAGGCUGUUUUAUUAUUCUAACAUCACCAAUGAAUAUGCUGAAUGCAUUUCUUUUCUGCAAUGAUCAAGUGAAUAUCAUCCUGAUUCAGUGAAUCGCCUUGAAGUCCAUGGCUUGAUUGUGAGUUAUUAACUUUCAAAUAUUACACAAUUGGAAAUGAUAUGAGAGAAAUAGGUAGGUAGGUAUACAAGCUAUGGUAUUUGUCGGUAGGAUACAUCCAAGAUCUUUUUGUUCCACUUCAAUCAAUAAUUUUCAUUUCAAUUCUCAAAAUUUCUAUUUGCUACAAAUUACUCGAACUCCUUCAAUUUGGUAGUUCCAACUUAUACCCAUGAUCCGCAUUCCAGUGUAAUGUGAUAGGAGUUUGCUGAUAGUGUACCGUAGCAUUUGAAGUGAAUGUUGACUUGAGUUUUAAUUUUGUACAUUGUUGAAAAUAGUAUAAUAUUAUAAUCUAUAUGCUCAAUGUAAAAAUUCGUUUGAAUGUAUGCUGAUGUGAACAGUAGUUAGGAUUCAAAUUAUACUAGAAAUUAAUUAUUAUGUACAGUAAUUGCUAAUUCGGUUAUAAUUAUUGUUAUUCUCUGAUAGUUGAUAAUUCCUAGCUAAUCAAGGCUUUGUAAAUAUAUAUAUUAUUAAUUUGUAGGUGGCUAUGAGAGAAAAUUGAAUACAAUAAUAUGGAAAUUAAAAAUCCUGAAAAUUUGGACCAAUAAAAAAUCACUAUUACUAGAUUUUUGCAUCGAAACUAUAAUGAAUAAUUUACUAUAUAACGUACUUUCUAUGUACGGUAAUACAUCGAUGCAAUGUAAACAAUUCCUGCCAUUUUAUGUUUAGAUUUUUUUCUUUUUCUAUGGAUUGCCAUUAAUUAUUAUUGAGAAAUACAUUGAUAGUUUAAAAGUCGAAUAAGAGAAUUAAAUAUAUCGAAUUAUGUGUUCUUUUUCACUUUAUAUCAUUAGUACUUACAAACAUCAAAAUGUUUUCAAAUGUGUCGCGAGUAUUCUAGUUGUAAGAUAUGGAAUAAGGCUGAUGUAGGAAAUGUUAUAUAUUAUAUUUUCUAAUAUUCUCCCCUUAAUUUCAAAACGUUAACCGCCCAUUUAUUUUAUUGGAAUGAUGAUUCAAUUGAGAUAAUGUUGAAUGUAAUGAUAAUAUCUAGUAACCUGGAUCUAGUUCUGUACUAGUGACAGAGUUCCAAGGUAGUCCCUAUUCAAUUUCAGGUACUUGAUAUGACUGAUUUAGGCGAUUGGGACAUAAUAUCAUUAUAAUUUCACGGUACAUUCUUGCAUUAAACUGUUAUUUGAAGUAACAAUAGUAGAUGACUAUAAGAAUGCCAAUAACAACUAACCAAUAUCUAUCUAUCAAUAAUAUUUGACAAACUCAAUAUUCCUGUUUCUCUCGUUAAAUGAUAAAAACUAUGGUUAAUACUUUCGAUUGAUGAGAGGAAUUUGGACAGAUUAAAUAAAUUAAGAGAAGAAUAAAAUAAAUCUUAUUUUAUUUAUUCAAUCUGAGAUCUAAUUUUAUUGUUGUAAAAACCAAUGUGAACAACGCUGUAGUUAUCAGUACAAUACGUUUUCGCAAAUAAUCUAUUAUUCAAUAAAUUGAUACGUAUAAAUCGACCCUAUCAAUAAAUUUAUGUACUUGAAUAGCAUAUUUUAUUUUCAAUUGAAUUCGAUCGAUUCAUUAUAAUCAAUUCAUCAAUGUCACAUUUAUCUAGUCAUUUGACAUUGACUUGAAUGCAUCUAAAAUUGUUAAAAACUCUAUACGGUACGGUAAUAAUAGAUGUCCAUUAAAUAAUUCAGAAAAUUCUUCUUCGUCACUGAUGAAAACUUUAUGUUCAAUGUUCAUCAACCAUGAAUAAAUUCUAUUCCCGACAGAAUUCAGCAAUAAAGAAACUAAUCAAGCAAUGCAACAUUAAUUUAUUACCUACUGUUUUUUCUCCGUUAUUUCACCAACAAUAAACCAUUAAGAUAAUUUCCAUUUCAAUUCAGAUCAUAAUAAUAAUUGGCUAUAUGUUUUUUUUCUAAAUUCAUUCUUGCUGUACUUCUGCUUAACUAUAAACUAAUUUGCAGCUUGAAAUAAUAGAG